UCCGAAAACCCGAUGGCCAAUAGCCACUGGCCAUUCACGAAUCACGAUUCGAGAGCGGAGAUCGAUGAUCGCCGUGUUCCGCCAGAGGGACCCCGAUGCGACUAGACGGCUCAAUUGACUAGAUUUUCUAGUCUAAUUUUAAACGUCCCUGCGUUGGCGGUAUAAAAGGUAGAUAAUGAAUACUAUAUUAUUCAUUCCUCUAGAACACUUCGUAGGCAACAGGUCGAAAUGCGUGCCCUUAUUAUUCUAAGCAUUGUGGCGGUGGCAAGUGCCGGAAGUUUAUCCGGCUAUAAUUACGGCCAAGGUUCCUCCCCUAGUAUUGGAGGUGGUGUAUCCCAGUCCGCUGCACUGGCUGGACCAGUGAGUUACAGUGCCGCUCCCCAAUCCUCGGUUCACAAGGAGUUCUACAGCUUCUAUGCCAAUGAUGCCGACUUUGAAGAUCAUGGUGCUCUGCAGAAGGCUUUGUCGACCAUUAAGAAGAAUGUCCGUGUCAUCUUUAUCAAAUCGCCGGAGAACCGUGGUUACGAGAACGCCGUUUUAGCUCUGGCCAAACAGGCUGCCCAACAACAGACCGCCAUCUACGUGCUCCACAAACAGACUGACAUCAACGAGCUGGCCCAGAAGUUCAAUGCCGUGCGCCAGAAUGCCAACAAGAAGCCGGAGGUACACUUCGUCAAGUAUCGCACUCCCGAGGAUGCUGCCAAUGCCCAGCGUGCCAUCCAAUCCCAAUACGAUCAGCUCGGCGGAACCAGCCAGUCUGUCAACGGUGGCGUGGCAAAUGCCAUCAACUUUGCCUCCCAAGGAGCUGCUCCAGUUCGUGCAGCUCCACAGCAGGCUCCCCAGAGCAACUACUUGCCAGCCUCCAUCCUAAGCCGCCUGCGUCACUAGGGAAUCUCUUUGUUAAACUUUGUUUUCGAAUAAAAAUUAUUUAAUUUGGUUAUCUAAAA